CCAAGAUGGCCGCCACGAAGGCACGUCGCUUCGCAUGCCCUGUCUAGUCUAAUGUACAUCCACGGUGGUAGCAGCCUAGCGGAUUCACUUGUUAUCAUUGGAGCUGCGGUAGUGCUUGCUAGGCGAGGACUGCUCUCCCUACUCCAGUACAAGCAAAUUAAAUAUUGAAACGAUAUUAUCAGGAAAUAAUCCGAACAGCGGUCAAUGAGAAUACACCGCACUUGAUCAACGGGUGUAAAAAAUAAUAGCGUUCCUGUAUCAUCGCCACCAUUUUGGCUGCCAGUGAGUGAUGGAGCACAUCCGGACGCCAAAGGUGGAAAAUGUGCAUCUUUUGGAUCGUUCUCUGGGCCAGAGAAAGGCCAGAGUUGGGACACUCUACCUUUCUGCGACACACACCAUGUUUAUGGAGAAGCACCCUGAGGCAUCCAAGGAAAUCUGGGUAUUGCACAGCAUGGUGAGUAGUGUGGAGAGGUUGCCUACCACCCCAGCAGGUAGUCACCUUAUCCUGCAUUGCAAAGACUUCAGGAUCUUCCAGCUUCUGAUUCCGCAGGAGAAAGACUGUUUCGAUAUCCAUUCCUCAUUGUUGAGGUUGUCACGACCAGAAAAGUACAGUGAGCUGUACUGUCUGUCCUCUAAUCCCAAUGUGAACAAGGAAGAAAGGGAAGAGUCAUGGAACUUCAUAGACCUCAUGGCUGACUACAAAAGAAUGGGUGUUCCUAAUAACCUGUGGCUUGCUACAGCAGCCAACAGCGAAUACAGGAUAUGUGAAACAUAUCCCUCGGAGCUGUUUGUUCCCAAGUCUGCCACACCCACAGUCAUUGUGGGCAGCUCAAGGUUCAGGAGCCGAGGACGAUUUCCCGCUCUGACAUACUUUCACCAAGACACUCUGGCGGCAGUUUGCAGGUGCAGUCAGCCUUUGUCAGGCUUUAGUGGACGCUGUCAGGAGGAUGAGAUGAUACUGCAAGCUGUGAUGAAAUCCAACCCCGGCAGUGACUACAUUUAUGUGGUAGACACAAGACCGAAGCUGAAUGCCAUGGCGAACAGAGCUGCUGGUAAAGGUUAUGAGAACGAGGACCACUACACCAACAUCAAGCUGCACUUCAUUGGCAUAGAAAACAUUCAUGUGAUGAGGAACAGCCAGCAGAAAAUUAUUGAUGUGACCGAGAUGCGAUCUCCAUCAAUGACUGACUUUCUUUGGGGUUUGGAAAACUCUGGUUGGCUAAAACACAUUAAAGCUGUUCUAGAUGCUGGAGUCUUCAUUGCCAAGGCAGUUGCUGAUGAAGGGGUCAGUGUGUUGGUCCACUGUUCAGAUGGUUGGGACCGGACAGCUCAGGCCUGCUCUGUAGCCAGUCUCCUUUUGGACCCGUUCUACCGCACCAUCAAAGGACUGAUGGUACUAAUAGAAAGAGACUGGAUUUCUUUUGGUCACAAGUUCUCCCACAGGUACGCCCACCUGGACGGCGAUCCUAAAGAGGUGUCCCCAGUCAUCGAUCAGUUCUUGGAGUGCGUGUGGCAGCUGUCGGAGCAGUUUCCAUGCGCUUUUGAAUUUAACGAGCGCUUCCUCAUCGCCAUACACACGCAUGUCUACUCCUGCCAGUAUGGCACUUUCCUGGGCAACUGUCAAAAGGAACGCAAGGAUAUGAGGCUUCAUAAGCGGAGUCAUUCCGUGUGGCUCCAGCUGUGGCAGGACCGAGCGGACUUCACCAACUUACUGUAUAAGGCGGAGCUCAGUCAAUGUCAGGGUGUGCUGAGGCCCAACACUUCCCCCUACUGUUUCAAAAUGUGGAAGGGUCUCUACAACCACGUGGAGCGGUCGACGCCUCCUCGCCAGUCACCCGCUGACUUCCUGACUGCCGUGAGGGAGGAGUCCCAGCAGCUGGAGGAGGAACUGACCAAUCACCAGGAGAGGAUAGCUGCGCUGACAGGGAAGCCAAUCACGUGGACGAAAGUCGAGGUUAAAAGGAGGAUCGUGCAGCCGAGACACCGCGGGCCGGACCCCCCCACGACGCACCAAGUCCCCGCACAGGAAGCAGUCAGUCAGAACGCUAAGACAAAGAACCCCUCUCUCGCUCCGCCCGCCCAGGUCAAGCACUUUAGCAGAGACCAUCGCCCUGUUUCCACGGACCUGGAAUCGGGCGCGGCGGUCCUGAGCGGCCUCUCGUCCAGGGCUGGGGACGAGUGCAAGGACCCAGAGACGGGGUUCACCACCGCUGGCGCCAAUUUCUUCAAACGCCAACAUUCAGAAAGAUUACAACAAUAGCUGAAAGAUGUUUCUCUUUGGGGAGAAAAAAAUACUGUUUUUAUGAUUUUAAGUAUGACUUACCCUCGCUAUUUGUCUGAAGGUGGGCUGGUCCUCGCUAAGACCAUCUGGGUCUCGUCGCUUCCACCUGGAUUGUCUGUGGUGAGCAACUAAAACGUCCCUCUGGUGAUGAAGGCAAGGUGGGAGUUCGCCUAUUUAAGACAAUUGUGUGAUUUACUGGAAGAAAUACAAUUUUGCUGUGAGGCAGGAAAAGUUGUGUAAGCCGACUGAACUGAAAGUGAAAACUUACAUGAUUUACCGCUAAAAUAAAUCACUUGACUUGCUUACUUUACAGCGGGGGUGUCAAACUCAUUUUAGACCGGGGGCCCUCCAUCCAUCCAUUUUCUACCGCUUGUCCCUUUUGGGGUCGCGGGAGCCUAUCUCAGCUGCAUUCGGGCGGAAGGCGGGGUACACCCUGGACAAGUCGCCAUCUCAUCACAGGGCCAACACAGAUUGCAGCCAACUAGUUCCAGGACUGACUGUGGUAAACGCAUACCCGCAAAGUAGGUUUAAUAUUAAUACAUUUUCACAUUUUGAGCAUUUAAAGCAGGGGUGUCAAACUCAAAUACAGAGUGGGCCAAAAUUUAAAACUGAACAAAGCCGCGGGCCAUGGUUGAACAAAUUAACCUUUUAAUAGGGACCCAAACAAGUUUUGCAUUGAAUAUUGAACAAGCAAGGCUUAUAUAACUUUAUAGUGACAUGCAAAAUCCAGUUUCAAAUAAUAAUAAUAAUAAUAAUUCAAAAAUAUCAAUGGCAUAUCAAAUAAAAAUUGAAUGCCUCUUUUCUAUUUGCAGCCUUCUUAGGUAAAUAUCAAAAUAAACUUUUUCCCCCACACACACACACACAUUGUAGCUCCCGGAAGAGUUAGUGCUGCAAAGGGUUCUGGGUAUUUGUUCCGUUGUGUUUAUGUUGUGUUACGGUGCGGAUGUUCUCCCGAAAUGUGUUUGUCAUUCUUGUUUGGUGUGGUUUCACAGUGUGGCGCUUAUUUGUAACAGUGUUAAAGUUGUUUAUGCGGCCACCCUCAGUGUGACCUGUACGGCUGUUGAUCAACUAUGCCUCGCAUUCACUUAUGCGUGUGUAGAAGCCGCAUAUAUCAUGUGACAGGGGCCGGCACGCUGUUUGUAUGGAGGAAAAGCAGACGUGACGACAGGUUGUAGAGGACGCUAAAGGCAGUACCUUUAAGGCCCGCCCCCAAUAUUGUUGUCCGGGUGGAAAUCGGGAGAAUGGUUGCCCCGGGAGACUUUCGAGAGGGGCACUGAAAAUCGGGAGGGUUGGCAAGUAUGAGUAUUAGCGGUGAAUGCGGUGUUACAGCGGCACCGCCGCUAUAUAAUACCGGCGGGCCAGCUCUAAUGUUAAUUUGAUAUUGCCUCAAGGGCCAAAUGAAAUUAAAGCUGCAAGCAGCGUUGGUCGGGCCCGCGUAUUUGGCAGGUGCUAGUCCUAAGUGUCCCAAUACUUAUUUCCAGUUUUAGUCCUGAAUUUCCCAAUACUUUUGUCAAGUUGUAGUCCUAAGUGUCCCAAUACUUUUGUCCAGUGUAGGUGUCCCAAUACUUUUGUCCAGUGGUAGUCCUAAGUGUCCCAAUACUUGUGUCCAGUUUUAGUCCUAAGUGUCCCAAUACUUUUGUCUAGUGGUAGUCCGAAGUGUCCCAAUACUUUUGUCCAGUUUUAGUCCUAAGUGUCCCAAUACUUUUGUCCAGUUUUCGUCCUAAGUGUCCCAAUACUUUUGGCAAGUGUUAGUCCCAAGGGUCCCAAUAAUUUUGUCCAGUUUACGUCCCAAGUGUCCCAAUACUUUUGUCCAGUUUUAGUCCUAAGUGUCCCAAUACUUUUGUCCCGUGGUAGUCCGAAGUUUCCCAAUACUUAUGUCAAGUUUAAGUCCUAAGUGUCCCAAUACUUUUGUCAAGUUGUAAUCCUAAGUGUCCCAAUACUUUUGUCAAGUUGUAGUCCCAAGUGUCCCAAUACCUUUGUGCAGUGGUAGUCCGAAGUGUCCCAAAACUUAUGUCAAGUUUUAGUCCUAAGUGUCCCAAUCCGUUAGUCAAAUUUUAGUCCUAAGUGUCCCAAAACACAUGCGGGCCAGAGUUUGACACCCAUGAUUUAAACUGUUUAUGAGCUUGUAAAUGAUUACACAUUAGAACCCUCUCAACAUGAAACAACACCCAUGUAGUCACCUUUGCACUGCUAUGGCAGCUGCUUGACAACUAAAAAACAAUACAUGGAAAUACUUUUGUCACAUCCUGGGUAAUUCGUCAAAGUUAGUACCGUAUUUUUUGGACUAUAAGUCGCCGUUUUGCUCAUCACUCCCGUUGCAUGCUGGGUAGUGUAGUUGUUAUAUUCCCUAGCUCAUAACAUCACAUAUUUCCCCCUAUAAAGAAAUCAUGUUGACUCAAUAGAGUGUAUUUUUUUUUUAGCUUUAACUUUUAAUUUUUGAGCAUUGUAACCACAUUUGCAAACAACUUUUCUCUUAAUUGAAUUCUCUUUCAAUAAAGAAAUAAAGUGCAAAAAUGUCAAAGCAUCAUAACAAACAGUUAUGUUCCAAUAGCAGCAGUAGUGCACUUUUUGGAGAGCUGUAUUAUUUUCAGUUUUGUGCCCAAGGGACUGAUUUUAUUUAACACUAUAUUAUUAUUUAUACACCUAUAGUGAUCACAGAGACAGGUUGUUUUUGUGUUACUGUAUAUAUUUGUUUUUCCUGAAAAAUCCCACUUAAUAUACUUUGGCUAACAACAGUCAAUAUUUAUUUUUAGGGACCGCAAUGUCCCUUUGGGACAGAGGACCCUAUUGUAUUUGUAAGGUUUUAUUAUUAUUAUUCCGCCGCCUCUUUGAGCUGUAAUUUGACCCCCUUAACAUGCUUCAAAACUCACCAAAUUUGACUUUAAAACUCAAAAUUGCGCUCUAGCGCCCCCUAGGAAGAAAACACAGACACAACUGCCUGUAACUUCCAGUACAAAUGUCGUGAAACAAAAACGUAUAUGUAGGUCUCACUUAGACCUAGAUUUCAUACAUCAACUUCCUUCAGCAAAAAUCAACAGGAAGUUUGCAAAUCCCCCUUCAAAACAAAAGUUUUGUAAAAACAGUCACCUUUGCCUCUUUGAGCUGUAAUUUGACCCCCUUAACAUGCUUCACCAAACUGGACACACACAUCAGGACUGGCGAAAAUUACGAUCUAAUAAAAAAAGCAAACCCCAAAACUCAAAAUUGCGCUCUAGCGCCACCUAGGAAUAAAACACAGACAAAACUGCUCCUAGGAAGAAAACACAGACAAAACUGCCUGUAACUUCCAGUAGGAAUGUCGUAGAGACAUGAAACAGAAACCUCUAUGUAGGUCUCACUAAGAUCUACAGUUCAUAAAUUGACAACACCCAGCAAAAAUCAACAGGUAGUUUGCAAAUCCCCCUUCAAAACAAAAGUUUUGUAAAAACCGGUCAUCUUUUUUCAAACAUUAUCUCCUCUGAGCGUGUUUGUCGUGUCGGCUUCAAACUAGCACAGGAGAGAGAUUGAACCCUUCUGAUCAAAAGUUGAUCAAAAAGUUUUAAUUACUGUUUUGGUUCGGAUUUUAUGUGCCGUCAAAGUCGGUCCCGUCCAUCGCUGCUUGCAGCUUUAAUUUUUUUUUUUUUUUUUUAGGGGGGUAUAACAGUCAAUAUUUAUUUAUUUAUUAGAUUUUAUUUUUUUCUUAUAUAAUAAAAGUGAGCUUUUGUUAAACCAAAUAUUGUGUGUUUUUUUUCCAUAUACAACAACCUAUCUGGACUCGAUAAGGAAUCGGUUCGAUGAGAGGAUUCGAUAAUAGGCUCGAACUCGAUAAUUUCUUAUCAAACAUCAUCCCUAGUUUUAUCAAAUAAAUUUCCCCAAAAAAAUGCGACUUAUACUCCAGUGCGACUUAUAUAUGUUAUUUUCCUUCUUUAUUAUGCAUUUUCGGCCGGUGCGACUUAUACUCCGAAAAAUACGGUACUGGGCUUUGAUGUGAUGUACAAACGGUUUCUGUUCUGCAAAAACGGCGCCCCCCUAGGAAGAAAACACAAGACAAAACUGCCUGUAACUUCCAGUACAAAUGUCGUGAAACAAAAACCUAUAUGUAGGUCUCACUUAGACCUAGAUUUCAUACAUCAACUUCCUUCAGCAAAAAUCAACAGGAAGUUUGCAAAUCCCCCUUCAAAACAAAGGUUUUGUAAAAACAGUCACCUUUGCCUCUUUGAGCUGUAAUUUGACCCCCUUAACAUGCUUCAAAACUCACCAAACUGGACACACACAUCAGGACUGGCAAAAAUUACGAUCUAAUAAAAAAAGCAAACCCCAAAACUCAAAAUUGCGCUCUAGCGCCCCCUAGGAAUAAAACACAGACAAAACUGCUCCUAGGAAGAAAACACAGACAAAACUGCCUGUAACUUCCAGUAGGAAUGUCGUAGAGACAUGAAACAGAAACCUCUAUGUAGGUCUCACUAAGAUCUACAGUUCAUAAAUUGACAACCCCCAGCAAAAAUCAACAGGAAGUUUGCAAAUCCCCCUUCAAAACAAAAGUUUUGUAAAAACCGGUCACCUUUUUUCAAACAUUAUCUCCUCUGAGCGCGUUUGUCGUGUCGGCUUCAAACUUACACAGGAGAGAGAUUGAACCCUUCUGAUCAAAAGUUGAUCAAAGAGUUUUAAUUACUGUUUUGGUUUGGAUUUUAUGUGCCGUCAAAGUCGGUCCCGUCCAUCGCUGCUUGCAGCUUUAAUUUUUAUUUUAUUUUUUUAGGGGGGUAUAACAGUCAAUAUUUAUUUAUUUAUUAGAUUUUAUAUUUCUCUUAUAUAAUAAAAGUGAGCUUUUGUUAAACCAAAUAUUGUGUGUUUUUUUUCCAUAUACAACAACCUAUCUGGACUCGAUAAGGAAUCGGUUCGAUGAGAGGAUUCGAUAAUAGGCUCGAACUCGAUAAUUUCUUAUCAAACAUCAUCCCUAGUUUUAUCAAAUAAAUUUCCCCCAAAAAAUGCGACUUAUACUCCAGUGCGACUUAUAUAUGUUAUUUUCCUUCUUUAUUAUGCAUUUUCGGCCGGUGCGACUUAUACUCCGAAAAAUACGGUACUGGGCUUUGAUGUGAUGUACCAACGGGUUUCUGUUCUGCAGAAACUGCGCUCCCCUAGGAAGAAAACACAGACAAAACUGCCUGUAACUUCCAGUACAAAUGUCGUGAAACAAAAACCUAUAUGUAGGUCUCACUUAGACCUAGAUUUCAUACAUCAACUUCCUUCAGCAAAAAUCAACAGGAAGUUUGCAAAUCCCCCUUCAAAACAAACGUUUUGUAAAAACAGUCACCUUUGCCUCUUUGAGCUGUAAUUUGACACCCUUAACAUGCUUCAAAACUCACCAAACUGGACACACACAUCAGGACUGGCGAAAAUUACGAUCUAAUAAAAAAAGCAAACCCCAAAACUCAAAAUUGUGCUCUAGCGCCCCCUAGGAAUAAAACACAGACAAAACUGCUUCUAGGAAGAAAACACAGACAAAACUGCCUGUAACUUCCAGUAGGAAUGUCGUAGAGACAUGAAACAGAAACCUCUAUGUAGGUCUCACUAAGAUCUACAGUUCAUAAAUUGACAACCCCCAGAAAAAAUCAACAGGAAGUUUGCAAAUCCCCCUUCAAAACAAAAGUUUUGUAAAAACCGGUCACUUUUUUUCAAACAUUAUCUCCUCUGAGCGCGUUUGUCGUGUCGGCUUCAAACUAGCACAGGAGAGAGAUUGAACCCUUCUGAUCAAAAGUUGAUCAAAAAGUUUUAAUUACUGUUUUGGUUUGGAUUUUAUGUGCCGUCAAAGUCGGUCCCGUCCAUCGCUGUUUGCAGCUUUAAUUUUUAUUUUAUUUUUUUAGGGGGGUAACAGCCAAUAUUUAUUUACUUAUUAGAUUUUAUUUUUCUCUUAUAAAAUAAAAGUGAGCUUUUGUUAAACCAAAUAUUGUGUGUUUUUUUCAUUAUAAAACAACCUAUCUGGACUCGAUAAGAAAUCGGUUCGAUAAGAGGAUUCGAUAACAGGCUCGAACUCGAUAAUUUCUUAUCAAACAUCAUCCCUAGUUUUAUCAAAUACAUUUCCCCCAAAAAAUGCGACUUAUACUCCAGUGCGACUUAUAUAUAUUUUUUUUUCCUUCUUUAUUAUGCAUUUUCGGCCGGUGCGACUUAUACUCCGAAAAAUACGGUACUGGGCUUUAAUGUGAUGAACAAAUAGGUUUCUGUUCUGCAAAAACUGGGGAAAAAUCUACCCUCAAGUGGGCCCCGGACUGGUAAAAUCCCGGCACGAUAGUUUAAAAAUAAAGAUUGUUUUCUUUGUUUAGAAAUAGAACAAGCACAUUCUGAAUUUUUUUUUUUUUUUUUUUACACUUACAUGUUGCGGUUAAUAGUAUUCUAUCUUUAUUUGUAGUUAUUUUCUAAAUAAAUGAUGUGAUAAUGUUCAUCAGUCAACUCAUUGGUGUUAAUUUUCAAUUUAUCAGGAUAAAAAAAAUGAUAUCAAAAUCAAAUUACAGGAUGUUAUUUAUGUAGUUUGAUCAUUUUCCUCGACGGAUGCACUAAUUUUGUACAUAUGUAGCGCAUACUUGCCAACCUUGAGACCUCCGAUUUCGGGAGGUGGGGGGGUAAGGGCGUGGUUGGGGGUGGGGCGGGGCGUGGUUAAGAGGGGAGGAGUAUAUUGACAGCUAGAAUUCACCAAGUCAAGUAUUUCAUACAUAUAUAUAUAUAUCUACAUCCUGAAAAUAUACAAACAAAACUGUUUGGAUAAUUGAUACUUCAAACUUGCAUAAAUAAAUAUUAAGGAAUAUAACAUAACUUGGCUUCUGAGAGCUUCAAAAUGUAGUGAAUAAAAUGCUAAAGUUGUUGAUAAACAAGCAAUUAUUUUAAUAAUUAAAUAUGGUCAUUUUAAAUGAAUUAUUAUGAUAAUUUAAAAUUAAUUAUUUCAAAUAUGUUUAUUUUAAUGUAAAAUUCUAUGGCUGGAUGUAAUAAGGAGUCAGAAAAAAUAAAAAUACAAUUAAUUUUUAUGUUUUUAGCAAAAUAUAGUAAAAAUGUAUUUAGUUUUUUUUUUUAAAUGUAUUAAUAAAUAUCUAUUUAUUUUUAGGUAAGAUAAACAUAAUAAUACAAUGUAUCUCUAGUCUGGAUGAUUUAGUUCUUGUCACCCUGUUGUCCUCCCGUAGUGAAAAAAGGCUGUCCUCACUCAGGUCCGCAUGGAGCUGGAGGGGGCGUGGCCUCCAGCUCCGGCUAAAAAUCGGGAGAUUUUCGGUAGAAUAUUUGUCACGGGAGGUUUUCGGGAGAGGCGCUGAAUUUCGGGAGUCUCCCGGAAAAUUCGGGAGGGUUGGCAAGUAUGGUAGCGUGAUCUACAAAGAUACCAAGAAUUGCUAUUGCGACAUCUAGUGGACACAUUUAGAACAGCAGUUUUUGUUCAUUAAAAAUGUCUGGUUAAUUGUUAUACUUGGCGAACUCAUCCCGUAGGUUGGAUAAAACCUGUUCGUGGGCCGUACGUUUGACACCCCUGCUUUACAGACUGGAAUCGAUUGUAUUCCACACAGCCUGGUGCAGUGGAAAAAGGAGAAAUUAUUUUUCAAGGUAAGCAGAUUCAUGCGUCUUACCUUGUGUUGCUGGUCAUAGUCAUGUCUAACUAAUGUAUUCCUGCAAACAUUAUGUUAUGUAGACAAGGAUUAUUGUGACUGUACUGCGUGAAUUCGUGUAAGACAACGGGAAGUUUUGCAGUAUUUCAAAUUGAACUUAAAUCUAACAAAAUAUGAACAUUGUUUACAUCCAAGAUUGAAAGCCUUUAUUGUGCAAUAUAAUUUAUUUUGUUUGACAUUUGUAUGUUUUGGAGGCUGACGGGGAGGGCGUUUAGAUCAAGCAGGUGUACAAAGUACUGCAGUACUUCAUCCAGCAUUGUUGUGUAGUGUCUUUGGAAUACAUAACUUAGGUGCUCUCUUCCUGUCAAAAGAUGAACAGUCACACAGUUGACAUCUUAAGACGGAUUGAGAGGAACAUUUCGAUUUUUUUUUUUUCUGUACAAAACACUCGUCUGCGAUGUGGUCUGUAUCUGUUGAUGCCGAGUCAAUAAAUGCUAUCUUUAAGGUUGCGACACAAUUUAAAAGACAGUUUGUGACACAUUUUAA